AUGAUUGCUAAAGCUGCAGCUACAAUCAAUCUAAGUGGUUACGUGUUGUUUUUAUAUUGGAAAAUCACGAUCCCAAUUGACGCGCGCGCUCUAUUCGCACCGUCGAGAGGCGCUGCACACUGCACGGUGCAUUCGGCCGCGUCGCCCUCGCUGUCCCGUCGUCGCCGGCCGCUUUUCUCUAAUGGUAGGAAGAGUAAU